AUGGCCACGCAUGGCCGGCACACCAAGGUGCUCCCCUCCGAACUGAACAAGGUGUGCCCCGAGAGAGCAGACGACCCCGCCACGCACCCACUCAGGAAGAUGAGCGACUUCGAGGUGGUCCCCAACCUCCAGCAGAGCAGUAGCAGCGUCUCGAGGAGCAGGCGGAAGGCACAUUUCCCCACCGGCAGCAAUGAAAAGCAGGAAAAUCUCAUCUCGUGGAUUCCUGAAAACAUCCGGAAGAAAGUGUGCACCUACUUUGUUGAAAGCUCCCAGACAUCAGAUUCUGGGCGGAUCGUGUGCGAGUGCGGCUACCUCAGGGAACAGCACCUGGAAGAUGCUGCCAAACCUCCCAUCUUCCUGGGGAAGGAAUGGGACCCCAGCAGGCACAUCCAGGAAAUGCCAACGGAUGCCUUUGGUGAUAUCCACUUCACGGGCCUGGGACAGAAGAUGGGGAAGUAUGUGCGUGUCUCCUCGGAUACCCCUCCACGGGUCAUCUACCACCUCAUGACACAGCACUGGGGCCUCGAUCCACCCAACCUGCUCAUCUCAGUCACCGGGGGAGCCAAAAACUUCAUCAUGAAGCCAAGGCUGAAGAACAUCUUCCGGCAAGGGCUAGUCAAAGUGGCCCAGACCACUGGGGCCUGGAUCAUCACAGGCGGGUCCCAUGCUGGUGUGAUGAAACAGGUGGGAGAGGCAGUGCGAGACUUCAUCCUGAGCUGCAGCCACAAGGAGGGCGAGAUUGUCACCAUUGGCGUAGCCACCUGGGGGACCGUGUACAACCGGGACAGCCUCAUCUGCCCCAUGGGUGGAUUUCCAGCUGAGUACAUACUGGAUGAGGAGAACCAAGGCAGCCUGUCAUGCCUGGACAGCAACCACUCCCACUUCAUCCUGGUGGACGAUGGGACCCACGGGAGGUACGGGGUGGAAAUCCCCCUGAGGACCAGACUGGAGAAGUUCAUUUCAGAGCAGACCAAGGUGAAAGGAGGCGUGGCCAUCAAGAUCCCCAUCGUGUGUGUGGUGCUGGAAGGAGGCCCCGGGACACUCGACACCAUCUACAAUGCCAUCACCAACGGGACCCCAUGUGUGAUUGUGGAAGGGUCUGGGCGUGUGGCUGAUGUCAUCGCACAGGUGGCCAGCCUGCCUGUGCCCAAGAUAACCAUUGCCUUGAUCCAGAAGAAGCUGAGCAUGUUCUUCCACGACACCUAUGAGCUCUUCACUGAGGGCAAGCUGGUGGAGUGGACCAAGAAGAUCCAAGACAUAGUGCGGAGCCGGCAGCUCCUGACCAUUUUCAGAGAAGGCAAAUAUGGCCAGCAGGACGUGGAUGUGGCCAUCCUCCAGGCCUUGUUCAAAGCAUCCCGAAACCAGGACCACUUUGGUCAUGAGAACUGGGACCACCAGCUCAAGUUAGCUGUGGCCUGGAACAGAGUGGACAUUGCUCGGAGUGAGAUCUUCACGGAUGACCACGAGUGGAAGCCCACAGAUCUCCACCCCGUGAUGGCAGCUGCCCUGAUCUCCAACAAGCCAGAGUUUGUGAAGCUGUUCCUGGAGCAGGGAGUGCGUCUCAAGGACUUUGUCACCUGGGACACCCUGGUUUACCUCUACGACAACAUGGCACCAUCCUGCCUGUUCCACAGCAAGCUGCAGAAGGUCCUGCUGGAGGAGAGAGAGCAUGCAGCUGGCUCCAAAAUGCCAAGAAUCCAACUGCACCACGUCUCCCAGGUGCUGCGGGAGCUCCUGGGCUGCUCCACACAGCCUCUCUACCCCAAGCCCAAGCACACGGAGCGGCCCCGGCUCUCCGUCCCUGUCCCGCACAUCAAGCUGAAUGUUCAGGGGUCAAGUCUCCGGUCCCUCUACAAGCGCUCUGCCGGCCGAGUCACCUUCACCAUGGACCCAGUCCGCGAUCUGCUUAUCUGGGCUGUGGUCCAGAACCGCAAGGAGCUGGCAGAAAUCAUCUGGGCCCAGAGCCAGGACUGCCUGGCGGCCGCGCUGGCCUGCAGCAAAAUCCUGAAGGAGCUCGCCAAGGAGGAGGAAGACACUGACACCACCGAUGACAUGCUGGCCCUGGCCGAGCAGUUCGAGCAAAAGGCGAUCGGUGUGUUCACAGACUGCUACCGCAAGGAUGAAGAGAGAGCCCAGAAGCUCCUCACCCGCGUCUCUGAGGCCUGGGGGAAGACAACCUGUCUGCAGUUGGCGUUGGAGGCCAAGAACAUGAAUUUUGUGUCCCAUGGGGGUGUCCAGGCCUUUCUAACCAAAGUCUGGUGGGGGAAGAUGUGUGUGGACAACGGGCUUUGGCGGGUGAUCGCGUGCAUGCUGUUCUUCCCACUUCUCUACACCAGCCUCAUCACCUUCAGGGAGAAGAGGCUGCAGCCCGUGGGCUGCCUGACGCGCCUCCGAGCCUUCUUCACAGCACCUGUCGUCAUCUUCCACAUGAACAUCCUCUCUUACUUCACCUUCCUCCUGCUCUUCGCCUACGUCCUCAUGGUUGACUUCCAACCAUUGCCGUCCUGGUGGGAGUACCUCAUCUACUUCUGGCUCUUCUCCCUGGUGUGUGAGGAGACCCGCCAGCUGUUGUAUGAUCCAGAUGGGUUUGGCAUUGUGAAAAUGGCUUCCCUCUACUUCAAGGACUUCUGGAACAAGUUGGAUAUCUGCGCCAUCCUGGUCUUUAUCACAGGGCUGACUUGCAGGCUGAUCCCGUCAACUUUAUAUCCUGGACGCAUCAUACUGUCACUGGCUUUUAUCAUUUUCUGCCUGCGUCUGAUGCACAUUUUCACCGUCAGUAAAACGCUGGGGCCCAAGAUCAUCAUAGUGAAGCGCAUGUUGAAGGAUGUCUUCUUCUUCCUCUUCCUGCUAGCAGUGUGGGUGGUGUCCUUUGGGGUCGCCAAGCAGGCCAUCCUGAUCCACAACGAGGAACGUGUGGAGUGGCUUUUCCGUGGCGUGGUCUACCACUCCUACCUGACCAUCUUUGGGCAGAUUCCCUCCUACAUCGACGGGGUCAACUUCAACAUUGACCAGUGCAGCCCCAAUGGGACCGACCCGUACAAGCCCAAGUGCCCAGAGACAAAUGAGGACAACAAGAAACCCAUCUUCCCAGAGUGGCUGACGGUCAUCUUACUGUGCCUGUACCUGCUCUUCACCAACAUCCUCCUCCUCAACCUCCUCAUCGCCAUGUUCAACUACACCUUCCAGCAGGUCCAGGAGCACACGGACCAGAUCUGGAAGUUCCAGCGUCACGACCUGAUCGAGGAAUACCACGGCCGCCCGCCCGCCCCUCCACCCUUCAUCCUCCUCAACCACCUGCAGAUCCUGGUCCGGCGAGGCUUGCUCCGCAGGCCGGCCACGCGCCACAAACAGCUCAAAGAGAAGCUGGAGAAGAACGAAGAAGCUGCCCUCCUUUCUUGGGAGAUGUACCUGAAGGAGAACUACCUGCAGCACCAGCAGUGCAAGGAGAAGCAGAACACGGAGCAGAAGAUCCGAGAUAUUGCACAGAGGGUUGAUGUACUGGCAGAGCUGCUGGACUUGGACCGGGUGAAGAGGACAGGGCUGGUGGAGCAGAGAUUGGUCUCUCUGGAAGAGCAG